AUGCCAACACAGGCGUAUGAAACGGCUGCUAUGAUUCGCACGGUAGCCCUCCCUUGCCUUCCUCCUGCGACCGCCCCCGUCCCAACGCACACAAUGCUGAUCGAACGCUGCAGCAUCACUCUGAUGAGUGAUUGGUACCGCGAGCCUGACGAUGAAGAACUCGAUAAGGAAGAGAUCGAAAGGCCCUUCGGCCGGUAG